AUGCUGAACGGCUUCUCUAAGGACUACAAGGGCAAAAACACACCCCGAAACAUGAGCGCCAAUAUCCCUAAUUCUGAGAAUUGCUCCGUCUUCAUUGUUGGAUUGCCUCCUGUACUUACUACCAACCGUCUUCUCACCCAUGUCCGAGAUGUGGGCCGUAUCUACGCCACAGUCAUCAACGCACCCGAUCCGUCCAAGGAGCACUACUGCUCAGCCGCCAAGAUCGUCUUCUUCGAGAAGUCCGCCGCCAUGAAGUUCUUCCAGAAAUGCGAGUUCGAUGGCUUUUGCAUCGACGGCUACAAGGCCCGAGUUGUCUGGAACCGAGUCAAGUCGGCCGAGCAGCCGGGCAGCAAAACCCGCACCCGCGUGCUCCAGAUCGUCGGUCCCUCGCACUUUGUCAACUCGGCUUCGCUCACCACCUACUUCCACCUGAAGCUCGAGUUCCAAGUCGACGAGAUCCUCAUGAUCGCGCAGAAGGCGGACACCAACAUCAUAGAGUAUCGCUUCGGCAGCUACCGUUGCCAGGCAGAGGCGGCCAAGAUGGCGUUGGAGAGAGAGUGGGGCGACUCGGUGAAGGUGUACUUUGGGCGUGACCCUUGCGAUGUCGUUGAGUGA